UCGUCUACCUGCCCCUGCCUUCUUCCUCAAGCUGAAGUUAUGGUCUGCUUGUGCUGUUAAAAUAGACUUUGUAACUAAGCUAUCAGCUGACAGAAGACUCAGAAUCAAUCUUUAAGCACCGGAUUCCUGGAUUCCCGUUGAUCGGGCAAAGUUCUGAAGAUGUUUCCCGAGGAGAAGAAAACAGAGUUCGUGAGUGUCUGGGUCCGGGAUCCUCGCAUUCAGAAGGAAGACUUCUGGCACUCCUACAUUGACUAUGAGAUCUGCAUCCAUACCAACAGCAUGUGUUUUACGAUGAAAACCUCGUGCGUCCGGAGGCGGUUUCGGGAAUUUGUGUGGCUCCGACAGCGACUUCAGAGCAACGCGCUGCUGAUACAGCUUCCCGAACUUCCUUCUAAAAACCUGUUUUUCAACAUCAAUAAUCGGCAGCACGUUGAUCAGCGACGUCAAGGCCUGGAAGAAUUUCUGAGAAAGAUCCUACAAAAUGCCCUUUUGCUCUCGGACAGCAGACUUCACCUCUUCUUACAGAGUCACUUAAGUUCUGAAGAUAUCGAGGCCUGUGUUUCUGGACAGACAAGAUAUUCUGUUACUGAAGCAAUUCAUAAGUUUGCUUCCUCAAACAGACGUUUUCCUGAAGAAGAUGAUGAGGGCGGAAAAAAAGACAAUUCUAUAGAGUUCGGCUCAGAAAGUUCAUCCUCCGGGCUUGGUCACAGUUGUAAAGACAACAGUCCACAUGGAUGUAAAACAAACCCAGCUCUUCAAGAAUCCUGAAAAAUAAUCUUUAUGUUACUAUCUUAGAAAUAGGAAAUUAUGCCCAUGUCAUAAGGACAGGGUUGGUUCACAAUAGUACCUCUCUACAUAAAGCACUUCUGUCAAGGA